GUGACGCAUUUCGCGACAGUUUGCGUCCAGAAAUGUUUGUUUUUAUUUAUAUUUUUUCCUUAUUAAUGUUCAGUUUAUUGGGUUUUUUUACUUCAAGAAUUUUGUAAUUUUUAUGUUUUCUCUAAAAAAAAUAAAAACAAAAAUAGAGGAGAGACGGAAACGCGUCAGUCACGUCACAGAGACAGUCGCGCGAAAACACAAACACGAUUAACUUCCGAGUGCGAGCUAAGUGGCUACACGGACUCGGAUUUGGUUAAUUUUUUUUGACUGAAUUUACAGAAAUCAACCGAUCUGUAGCGAUGAGUGUGGUGAAGGCAGAAGACGUGAAGAGAGGGAUCGCUGUGAUUUGGGAGAACCUGCAGUGUCCGAUAUGUUUGGAUUUGAUGAGUGAACCCGUUUCGACCCAGUGUGACCACCAGUUCUGCAAGUUCUGCAUGACCAAACUGCUGGAGCGGAAUAAGAGGAAGGAAACCAGCUGCCCCGUGUGUAAGACGAAGGUCACCAAGAGGAGUCUGCAGGAAAGUCCAGGUUUCCAGAAACUGGUAGAAGGCCUCCGAAAUUUAGUCUGUUCAUACGAAAUUGAUACGCGAACAAACUAUUUCACUGGCUUGCCACAGAGGAGACAUGGCGCUAGUGUUGAGACAGAGUCCAGAGAUCAGCAGGGCAGUGGAGAGAAUACGACCUCCGAGGGCAAUGUGACUGAGAAAGAAGCGACUAUUUCCUCUACAGCAGCAGCUAAAGAUGCUUUUGCAAAACUCAUGAGUCUUGAGGAUUCAUGUCCUGCCACUUUAGUAAAAGAUCGCUCAGACAGCAGUCUUGCUGAUUUGCCACAAAAGUCUGAAACAAACCUUGCCGUUCCUGAAGACGUUCUACCGAGAACAGAAGCCAGCGAUUCACCAACACAGCAGGAUGUUGCUCCAUAUGAAGUAAAACAUUCCUGCAGACGAUCUAAAAGGCUUUGCUUGGAUCCAGACAGAAUUAUGGAUAAGCGAGAGAAGAAAAGUGUGCAGAAAGUGUCUGAGUGGUUGCUGAAGAUUUCUCCGGUUUCUGACGCCCAAGCUGAAGGCAGUGCUGAAGGAGAUUUUCCGAAGUUCACAGACAGCGAUGCUGAAAAGGAGAGUACAGCUUCAGGUGUGUCAACGGAGAUCAAUGAUUCUGCUCACGGUAAAGCUGACAUGAGUCCUGUAAGGGAAGUGCCAUGUAGAGGUCUGGAAGAACAAGUGUUUGGGGCGGUGUAUAAACGAGAGCGCAAAGUUAUCAAGAAUAAAGUUGCCAAAAGUUUCUCUCCUGCACAAGCGAUUGCUCCUGUUGUUUGUUAUGGAAAUCUGUCGGAAAAGGCUGAAAAGGUCGAGAUACCCCAGAGGAGGUCAAGCCGUAGGUUGAAUUCAGCUGACUUCAUUAGGAAGACAUCAAAUAAAGAUACAGAAGAUGGAUUAGCUCAAGAGGAAGUUGAUGAAGGAAACAAACAAGAAAACGGCAACACGCCGUUAAGGUCCUCAGGCAAGCAGGAAAGGGUGCAGAGUGGUCCUGAUAAAAAUGCUAAAAAUGAACUUACUGCAGAUAGUCCAGCAUUUGCAGUACCUCUGAAGAAAAGAGGGCGGAGAUCAAAGAUGCAGGAGGUUUGGCAAGAUGUGGACUGUGAAUUGACUGAAAACGAAAACAACACCGACAACAAGAAAGAUCGGAAGAGACGGAGCACUCGUAGCACUCAUGACACUACUAAAGAUCACAAUUUGGAGAAAUGCAAAAAUGCCAAAUAUGCCAAGUCCCUUGCUCUAGUAAGUGCUGGAGCUGAAAUUGUUGAGCUGAGUAAGGUCCCAAGUAAUCUUAAUUUAAUCGAGACAGAAGUUAAUAUUGAAAGUUAUCCUAGUAGUGCAGAGAUGAAGUCUCCUGAUGCUCGGAAAACCAGACGAAGCCUAAGGCUGCAGGAGUUCACUGCGGAGGUUCAAGGUCUUCCGAGAAGAAGACGAUCUAAACAAGCUCACCCAAAACCUGCUGACGGACCUGAAAAUAAUCCAUCUGCUAAUUUGGAUGAGCAAAGUGCCAAGACUGCUUAUCUUGGUACAAGUCAUAUUAAUGAUUCUCAGAGCAAAAAACCAGAAUGGUCCAUGAUGAGAAAUGGUUGUGUUUACAAUGAUAACUUUGAAAACAUUGAAAUCAUGCAGUCCAGUGAGGAUGUGGCUGCUCUGUCUAUAGCUGAAGAAAAUUCGCACUUUUCUGUUGUCCCAGACUCUGUGGAUCGAGAUAAACACAUUCUCCCUUGUUCUACCAAAGCUGCAAACUUGACAAGUCCCUUAGCAGCUCUGGUUCCAGAAUCUUUACCACAGAAAUAUCAGAAAUCACCAUCUACAAAAACACUGUCCCUUGCUGUUGAGCACAAAGUUACUGAGCAAGAUGACGAUACCAAUGAUAGUGAACUUGACACAGAGCAACUCAUGAAGACCUUCAAAGCGACCAAGAGAAAAUCCUUCUACCUGGGUAGUCCCAGAACUUCACACUCCAGAACCCAAGAGAAAUCCCUGACUCAGAUUUUAGAGGAAGACAAGCAAGAGAAUGUAGAUUUAACAGAGAUACGAGGGAUCUCUCUGAACAUUGAUCAAGUACUGCCCCCAAAUCCAUCUGAGGUAUCAGCUCAUGAGAUAAUGUCUCAAAACUCUCAAAGUGGUAUUGCAGAUGUUGCAAGUGUCAGUCUUCUUCAGGUAAAAUCACCCACUCUUCCAAAGGACACCCAGAAACACAAUUCGAUCAGAACCUCAGCUGCCAGUGACAAACCUGAGAUGGUUGCAAAUUCUCAAGAUUACUCAAGAUCUCAAGAUUCCAGGCCUUCUGUCAAGGUUGACCGUGCAAAUUCUGUCCAACUUUUCUCUACAAGCCCGACCGAAAAGGAAACACAAAUCUCUCAUAACAAGGACUCAACAAAGUCUCCAAAUUCUUCAGAAAUUCAAGGUUGCAAAGUCUCCAGCAUUCCAUUGGGACCCUUGACAAGCUCUGAAACUCAGUGUAAUAAUUUUGAGUCCUCAGUCACCCCAGAUGGCCUUGUACCAAAUGCUCCUGAGGCUCAGCUAACAGAACCUGAAACCACUCAGAACUUGGAUAAGCUGGAUGAAGGAGAAUUUAAUUCUCAGCCAUGUUUGCGGAAGAAGAGGAAGCCCCAGAGACUGGAGUCUUCAGAUUCUGAAUCCAGUGUUGAGGAUGAUGACCUGCCUCCACUCGCCCAAAUAUUUAAAGAUCCAGUGAAAAACUCUUUAAACCAAAAUGGGCUUCAAGUUGAAGACCAAAACACAAUGGCAGGUUUAGUCCCAGCAAGUCAGGAUAGUCACUCUCACAGCGAACCAGAAGGUCGGUCAAAUUCUUCAAGCCAGUGCGUUGCCCCUUACCAGAAACAGAAAUCUCUUCAAGAUGUAAAUUCUAAUGAUGUACGAGAUGGUGGUAUUUCUGAACCUGCUUGCAUGGAUGAGUGGAUUACUUCUAGUCAGGGAUCUGUGGAUCUGUUUGGGACACCACGAGAAUCUGAAGACGCAGCUGGGGGUGCCGAAGACGUAGCUGGGGGUGCCAAAGACGUAGCUGGGGGUCCCGAAGACAUAGCUAGGGGUGCCGAGGACGUAGCUGGGGGUGCCGAAGACGUAGCUUGUGGCAAAACAGGGCAUUCCAUCGAGUCAUCUCAAUGCAUGAGUGAGAUUAUUACCACUCAGCAGAGAGACGAGAUGCAGCAGGAGUUGCACAGGUUGGAGAGAAUGAUGGCUUUAGUGACUGAAGCUCUCCAGAAGAAAGGUGGAGACGUGGACGAUACAAAUAAGAUGGAGGAUGUCAAUCAGCACCCGGGUAUAAGCACAGGGCCGCGGAGAAGUCAGCGAUCCUGUAAACGUGGAAGGCAGAUGUCUCAGAGAUCAGAGGUCAAAGGUCAGCGUGCUGCAGCUGAGGAUCCGACCAUCGAUGCGAUGGACGAGAAGAAGCUGAACGAGCUGAAGGGAGAAACCCUGGGAUGUAAAACAGAUAGCGGAGCCAGAACGCAGCUGGUGGCGUCGGGGCUUAGUGCUGCUGAACAGGCCCUGUUGAAGAAAUUUGCAAGGAAGAUGAAGGCUGGUAUAAGCAGUCAUGUCACUCCCACUACAACUCACAUCAUCAUCAAGACAGAUAGAGACUUGGUGUGUGAGCGAACGCUGAAGUACUUCCAGGGAAUCGCUGGCAGGAAGUGGGUGGUGAGCUUCCUGUGGAUCUCCGAGUGCUUCAAUCAUGGCAAACUUUUGGCUGAAAAUCCGUACGAGGUUUGCGGUGACGUUGUUAAUGGACGCGACCACAAAGGACCCCAAAAAGCCCGAACCGCUCCGGAUAAUAACCUGCUGAUGAAAGGAUGUGAGAUCUGCUUCCAGGGUUCCUUCACAGAUAUGACCACAGAUCAGAUGGAGGUCAUGGUGGAGUUGUGUGGUGCUACAGUGGUGAAAGAUCCACUGAUGUUCUCCAGAAAGAAUAUCUGUCAUCAGCUGGUGGUGGUUCAGCCCGACCCUGAUGACUCUCAGUCGUAUUACGCAGCUCUACAGAGAAAAGCCACUGUAGUGACUCGGAGUUGGUUGUUAGAUUCUGUUGCCACGUACACGCUCCAAAAUCCACGUGAUUAUAAACCGUGAUGAUGAUGAGGAUGAUGUUUAUCUUUUUCUUCUCUUUCUCUCUGCUUGUUUUUUAAACAUCUCCUCUCCUUACCUGCACUUUACUUGCACAGAGCUCUGUUCAUCACUACGUUUCUUUUCACUUUACUUUACUUUACUUUACUUACAGUUUUAACGUGUAUGCUGUAAAUAAGAUUUUCUCCGUGUACAUUUCAGUAUAAAACUUUCAACAGGU